UGUCAAAGUGCCAGGAAGAAAAAAAAAGGUUGGUGAAGGCUGCAGCUGCAGAUUGCAAAGAAAAAUAGGUGCUGGCAAAGGCAAACUGAGCUGGCGUAAAAAGUUGUUCCAAUUUUCUGCGCUGCACUUUUGUCCCACGGGUGAAAAAGAAUGGCCCACUCUGGUCCGGGGACGGGUCCGUCGUCGUCCUGAUGGUGUGUACUUCCGUUCGCCACGGCGCAAAGACUUUCGACUCCGGAGGAGGAAAAUAGCGGAUUUUGUGUUUGUGUUCCGUCGGAGGAGGGGAAACGGUCCGGAGAGUGGCCAAUAUAGGAAGUGGUGCUAAUUGAUUGGGUCCUCUUGUGCUCGGGUGGGGGAGGAACCGUUUUUGAGGUGGUCGUUUGUGUUUGUGUUCGUUUUGGAAGAGUGAAAGUUCUGUUUUCAUUCCGGAGAAGGUCAGAACGGUCUAAAAUGCGGACACUUCAAGACCGAGGAGUGGCUCUGGUGGUGGUGGCGACCGUGAUGGCCCUGAGCUCGGUGGCCGCCGAACACAUUUCUUCCGUGCCAACGCACAACAUGUCCAACAAGGAGCGGAACGAGCUCAAGGAGGAAGCCCGUGAAAUGUUCUACCACGCGUACCGGGCCUACAUGGACAAGGCGUACCCGGCGGACGAGCUGAUGCCGCUGAGUUGCACCGGAAGAUAUCGCGGAGUGACGCCCUCGCGCGGCGAUCUGGACGACGUCCUGGGCAACUUUUCCAUGACCCUGGUUGACACGCUCGAUACGCUCGUCAUCCUCGGCGACCUGGAAGAGUUCGAGCGCGCCGUCAAGCUCGUCAUCAAGGAUGUAAAAUUCGACAGCGACAUUGUCGUUUCCGUGUUCGAAACCAACAUCCGAAUGGUUGGUGGCCUUCUGUCCGCCCACAUCCUCGCCGAGUACGUCCAGAAGCAGGCAGACGUAAUGAUGUGGUACCGGGGCGAGCUGCUCGAAAUGGCCAAAGAUCUGGGCUAUCGAUUACUGCCGGCGUUCAACACUUCGACGGGCAUUCCACACGCAAGGGUCAACCUGAAGCACGGCAUGAAGGUGGAAUCGUUGCGACACUCGCGAGAGACUUGUACGGCGUGCGCCGGGACGAUCCUGCUGGAGUUUGCGGCGUUGUCCCGACUCAGUGGGGAGCCCAUUUUCGAGGCCAAGGCGCAUGCCGCGAUGGACGCGCUGUGGAAGAUGCGUCACCGCAGCUCGGAUUUGAUGGGAACGGUGCUGAACGUUCACUCCGGGGAUUGGAUCCGGCGGGAGUCGGGCGUUGGUGCGGGGAUCGAUUCCUACUACGAGUACUGCCUCAAGUCGUACAUUCUGCUCGGUGAUGAGCGCUAUUUGGCGCGGUUCAACCGACACUACAACGCAAUUAUGAAGUACAUAAGUCAGGGACCGAUGCUGCUGGAUGUGCAGAUGCACCGGCCGCACACGAAGACGCGCAACUUUAUGGACGCGCUGUUGGCGUUCUGGCCGGGGUUGCAGGUGCUUUCCGGUGAUUUGAAGCCGGCGGUGCAAACCCACGAGAUGUUGUACCAAGUGAUGCAGAUGCACACGUUCAUUCCGGAAGCAUUUACUUACGAUUUCCAGGUUCACUGGGGCCAGCACCAUCUCAGGCCGGAGUUUAUCGAGUCGACGUACUUUCUGUACCGGGCGACCGGCGAUCAUUACUAUCUGCAGGUUGGGAAGAAAGCUUUGAAGGCCCUCCAGAAGCAUGCCCGCGUACCCUGUGGUUACGCAGCCGUCAACGACGUCCGUACUGGCAAGCACGAGGACCGCAUGGAUUCGUACGUCCUCUCGGAAACGUUCAAGUAUCUGUACCUGCUGUUUUCCGACCCUUCGGACCUGCUGCUGAACAUUGAGAACUUUAUCUUCACGACGGAGGCGCACCUGCUGCCGUUGACCCUGGGACAGUUGGGCAAUCAUACCUUUAAUAUCAAGGACCACGAGGAGGGCGGCAUGCUGGACUUUAUGCGGUCCUGCCCGAGUCCGAACAAGCUUUUUCCUGAAACGGUUAGACGUCCCCUUAGAGACCUGGUUACGGGAGUAUGCCCGCGCAUAUCGAGCGCCAAAAGACUUAGAGCGGCUGACUUUCAGGCAAGCAAUGCAGAUCAUCUACGGACAGUUUAUGACAUGGGUAUUACGAUGGUUUCUCUAGGCGAGGGCAAGGUUCAGCUGCUGCACAGCUUCUACAAUGCCAAAUCCCCGGAAGACGCCGAACGGGGGCUCGUCUUUAUGCAGGAAAUGGUCGAACUGUCCAAGUCCAACACCAUUCCGAAAACGCAACUGCAAGAAGUAUCAUUCCAAGGUUCCGACGGAGAGCCACGCGCCCUCAAAGCAGGCCCGAGCCACUUUGGGCCGGAACUGACCGGUGACAUGACGGUUGUGCAGCGGGUCGUCUACGCCAACCCGUCGAAAGUUUGUACAACUCUCAAAAACGUCCAGGAGCUUCGCGGUCGAAUAGCCGUCGUUGAGCGGGGAGACUGCACCUUCGUGGACAAGGCCCGGCGAGUUCAGGUCGCUGGCGCCGUGGCAGCGAUCGUGUACGACAACACGCCCAACACGUCGAUCGACAACCAGCAGAUGUUUGCGAUGUCCGGCGACGGGCGGGACGACGUGAAGAUCCCGGUGGUGUUUCUGUUCACCAAGGAGGCGGAAGUGCUACGGGCGGCCAUCCGGGCGAACUCGGAGCUGGAGGUAACGCUCCGAUCCUCCAAGGAAGCGGCGGACGACGCCGGCGAUUCCGCGACAAGUAAUUCCGCGGACAAACCUUCCAAGACUGAAUCGGGCAGCAGCAGCAGUAGUAGCGGUAGCAGCGAAUCAAAACCGGCGCCAUAAUAGUGAGCUUUUCGUGUCGUCGUCGGGACCGAAUUUCGGCAUUAGUUAAAAUUGUGCGCGUGACUGUGAGUGAGAGCGUUUUUUUCCUGUUUUGUUUUCGAUUAAAUUUGUUAUUUGCAGUGAGAUUCGUUGUGAAAGUGAUAGACGUUUGUUGAAACGAGACUAAUGUGACGAAAGUGAGCGAAAAAGAAAAGAAAACAGUUUUCCGCCAGUAGUUAAGAGAUUAGUGUGUAAAGUAUAUUUUGUACUAUAAGAGCAGCACACUACACAAUCGAAUGGCAAGCCAACAUAUCAACUGGUUGAAAGGCUCUUCCUCGUGUGCAAAAGUGUGAGAAACAAAAAAAACAAAUGCUGUGUAUAAAGAAAACCUAACUGUAAAUAGUCUAUCAGAUUCUAGGAACUUACGAGAGCAUAGUGUAAUAAAUGUUAAGACUUCAGAAACGAUUCCAGACAGUUUUUACGGUUUUUAUUUAUUUUCGGCACCGAGCGAAAAAAACACAGAAAAGAAAGUGUAAAUAAAACGCAUUAACGAAGUAGCUAAUUUUUCAGGAACUUGUUUUCCCAAUAAUAGCAAUUUCUAGUUAGUCACAAUCAAGAGAUGCAAUAUUAUGAAGAAUUUAAAAGAAGAAACAAAAACUAGCGAAAAUAGUUGUGAAUGAUGAACAGAUAAUUGCCUAUUAACGAUAAGUGAUUUCUUAUAACCUGAUACUAAUUUUGUAAAUAAACAAAACUGUUUUAACGGA